CGACCUCGCGCCCUCACCUGGCAGCCAAUCACAGGUGGCAGCGGGCGCGCGUGCGGGGGAGCCGGCGGUGACUGCGGCGCCCGGGGCGCGGAGGAGGCGUCGUCCCCUCGGGCCUCGCCGGGGGAGCGUCUCGGGCCCGAUGAGCUGCAGGCAACUCCGGGACGGCGGCGGACCGGGACGGUGGAAGUUUAUAUAAAGGAAGCACUGGGGCUUGUGGCCACACCCUUCAAGAGUAAAAAGAAAUUAGAAAAUGGAGCAACCGUGUAUGUUAUAUGAGGAAGGACGAGAGCCAGAGCCGGAGAAGAGCAUCAAAGAGACCAAACAAGUAGGUGAUGAAGAUGCUGAACUGAUCUUUGUUGGGGUGGAACACGUAAACAAAGAUGCUGAACUGAUCUUUGUUGGGGUGACUUCAAAUUCAAAACCAGUCGUUUCAAAUAUUUUGAACAGAGUCACCCCAGGUUCAUGUUCAAGGAGAAAAAGGUUUGGUCAUCUCAGAAAAGAUGCUGCUUGCAAUUUGCAGCCUUUUCAUCGUGUGACCCCUACACCAGCUGCAGUGAAUGUCUUGCCAGUUUCUGAAUCUGACUCAAGAUCAACAUAUAGUCCUGUUAUUAUUGAGCCUUUGUCUAAAGCUGAUUACAAAAAUAAUUCACCGCGAGUCGUGCCUGAUAGCUGUGCAGAGUCAUGUUCUCCUGUGGUCACUUUCACCAGUUCACUGCAGCACCCAGAGGGAGUAGCACUUUCUGAGGGAGCUACGAAUAAAAGUCCUUCCAUAUCAAAGCGACUUUCCACUUCUGAAGUAAACACUGUAAAUCCCAAAAGGCCUGAGCUCAGUGAUGGAAUCACAGAGGGACAUAUUUCAGCAUUGCCCCCUUCAGGCGUCUUUCAUACAGUGACUACUCAGCAAAGCACACCCUCAAGCCUUGUUCAGACUUCAUUAAGCCAUGUUCAGGAUGGAGCAUCUUCUCCAACAGGUUUUCCAAAGGACAGUGUCCAUUUCAGGCCUGUAAAUCCUGGUAGGGAAAAUAAACUGGCCAAAACAGACUUACUGGGUCUAGCAAGUCAAAAUAAGACUGUUGAUCCCAAGAAAGGAACUCUGAUUGUGUCACUUCAUGACUUUUACUACGGACAGCAUAAAGGAGAUGGGCAGCCCGAAAAGAAGACUCAUACAACUUUCAAAUGCCUCAGGUGCUUGAAAGUUCUAAAAAAUGUCAAGUUUAUGAAUCAUAUGAAACAUCAUUUGGAACUUGAGAAGCAGAGGAAUGACAGCUGGGAAGUCCACACCACCUGCCACCACUGCCACCGGCAGUUUCCCACACCCUUCCAACUGCAGUGUCACACUGAAAGAGUACACACUACCCAGGAGCUCUCCACUGUCUGUAAAAUUUGUGAGUUGUCAUUCGAAACAGAUCAGGUUCUCUUAGAACACAUGAAGGACAAUCAUAAGCCUGGUGAAAUGCCGUAUGUGUGCCAGGUUUGCAAUUACAGGUCAUCAGCCUUUGCUGAUGUGGACGCACAUUUCAGAACAUGCCAUGAAAACACUAAGAAUUUGCUUUGUCCGUUUUGUCUCAAAAUUUUCAAAACUGCAACACCGUACAUGUGUCAUUAUAAAGGACACUGGGAAAAGAGUGUUCACCAGUGUUCCAAAUGCCGGCUACAGUUUUUAACUUUCAAAGAGAAAAUGGAACACAAGACCCAGUGUCAUCAAAUGUUUAAGAAACCUCAGCAACUAGAAGGUUUGCCUCCUGAAACAAAAGUUGUUAUUCAGGUGUCGCUGGGUCCUCUGCGACCAGGAUCAGUGGAAGUAGCAUCCAUUACUGUGAGCACGUCUGAUUCUGAACCAUCACCUCCCAGGUCUAAAAGUAGAGUUUCAAAAAACUCAUAUUAAUUCUAGUUUCAGGAAUUCUAAAGCAAGUAUUUCAAAGUCAAAAACCCCAUAAAAUACAAACCAUACAUUAUUCAAUAGCAUCAAAAAUAGUGAAACUAUUGGGUCAUUUAUGAAUUUUUUAAAAUUGAAACACAAUACUGUUUGAUCUGAAUUUUGUGAUGCUAUUUAAAAAUGUACUACCUAGUUUUUAUGUAAUUGUAUCUGGCUUAACACAUAAAAGGUAUUUGUGUGUGUGUAUGAGGGAGAGAAAAAGUGGAAACCUAUUAUUUUGGUAUUUCAUGUUACUUGUAAAUUUGAAAGCUCUUCCUUCUAUAUAUAGCAUCCGUAGAGUUUUUUAAGUCCUUAAUUUUAUUUUCAACUUUUUACAUGCCUCAAAGAUUUCAAAAUUAACUUUAGUCAGACUGGAAUGGCUUUGUUAUGGUGUGGUCUCACUUGCUGCUGAACUUCCAGAAGUGCCUCUGUUAUACUGGUCUAGAAUAAUCUGGCUCUGAAAGCCUGGGUGUGGUUUGGAAGUUGAGGGGGAAGCUGUGUGUGAAUGGGAACCAGAAACUGGACGGUCCUCGGUGGAGAACAGUGGUUCCUUGUCUCAGUUGAGGGAGAGGCACACAUUCACCUUAGACUUGGAGCCAAGGCAGAAGGAAAACUGUCUCAGAGUAUUUCUGCCUAAUCCAAGAACAUCCGAGGAAGCAAAACCAUCAAAAUGCCUAUGUUUGUCUGAGGCGUCCCUACAGACAUUAAACAGGUGUUGUCUGUCCAGGUGCUGAACUGGGCUAAGUUUAAUUCUCUUGCUUUUAAGAUGGAAUGGCAGUUGUCCAUGAAAAGUCAGUACAGUGGAUAAAAGUAGCCCAGAGCAACUGAUGGGGCUUUUAUUUAUGUUCUGUGUAUAUGUGUCUUAUCCUAAUUGAACAUGUGAAGUUUGCAAUUUUGUGUCUUGCCUGGGACAUGAAUGUAUUAAUAGUUUUUCUCACGUUGUGUGUAUAAUUUCCCAUCUUACCAAGUUAAUAUUGACACACUCUUAUGCACAAGAAAUGUCCCAUUUAUUCCAGUAAGUAUUAGGUCUUUAGAGUUACUGUCCUUCAUCUAACCACCUGACUAGUCCGUGACUAUGUUAUGGUGGGACCUUAUCCCUCGCCGGUGGGACCUUAUCCCUCGCCAUCAUCUCCAAGAGCUCUCUCACAGAACAGUCAAGUGCCCUGAGCAUUGUUCCUGAGCAUCAGUGGUCUUGGCUGCUUCUGUGGGUCCCCAGGGUUGAGUCUCCCUAGUUUUAGUGCCAUUUCUUCUUCCUCCACCUUGGCCGAGGUACCUAGCAGCCUCUGUGUACCACUCACAGAGUCUGUGAUCCUGGCUGUAGCCCUAAACCAGGAGAAAUCUCUCCUUUUUUCUCUAGCUUUCUCCUCCUCUUCCUUAAAGGCACCUUAUCUUUCACUGCUCCUUUCUUCCCCCCUCAAUCUAGUUAAAUUCCCUAAGCUUUCAUAAAAAGCUGGGGAGUGAUAGUCACCAAGGGCUUAGUUUCCCAUUUAGAACUGGGGAGGAAGCACUACAGGUAACAAAGUAGCUGUGAGUAUAUUGUUUAUGUUUUUGAGAGUUUUACCUUGUGUAUAUUCUGUUGUAUUUAUUUGCAAAAUGCUUGACUGAAUGAUUGAUUGCACUUUGAACAUUUUACUAGGCCUUUUCAGUUAGUUUGCUUGGGCCAUCGCACUUUGCUAAAUACCAGCCUGAACCCCCUGUCUUCACGUGUAGAAAGUCUCUGUGUGUGUGUGUGUACGUGUUCCACUUGUUCUGGUCUCAGGUGGGAUCUUCUAUGUAUAAACAGAUGUGUAGGUUUUUGCAAACUUACCUCCCUUAAUUCUGUUUCUCUGGUAAAAAUAUGUUUUAGUACUUUGUUUUUGUGGUUGCAUAGUAAUACCAAAAUUGUUAUUACUGUUUGCUAUUUCACUAAAGUAUGCUCCUAAGGAGUACAGUUUGUUAUUUAUUGCCAACUGUAGGUUCCGGUGAUAGGUCCCUCUCUACCUCCUCUCUCUCCCAUUCGCAGCAGUGCCGCCGCUCCAUUUUCCCACUGGUGUACAUUCCUGACACACUGGCCUUGCUCUUCCUCAAGCGAAUCACAUUUCUUCCCUGUCCAAAGACUUUGCAGCUGCUCUUCCUCUUAGAAUGCUCUUCCCUAGGCCUGCAUGGCUUGCUACCUCGCUCUGAACACUUUCAUUCAUUGAGCUUUACUGAUGUUCUUAAAAUGAAACUGACAAUGAGAUCCUCCUCGCCCUGCUCCCCUUUUUCCUGCUCACCCCUUAAAGGCACCUUAAGCCUCCCCACUCCUUACUUCCCUCUCCAAUCUAGUUAAAUUUCCUAGGGUUUCACAAAAAGCUGGGAAGAGAAGUUUUCAAGGGCUUUGCUUUUCCCUUAGAUUGAGCUAGCUUGCAUCAAUUUCUGUGCCUGCAACCAAAAGAAAAUGAAUAUAGUGAGUUGAGUUCUUUCAGGAGCUUUCUCUGUUAUAUCGAUACCUCUCUAUUUUUUUAAGGCAAUGUCACUUUGUUUUGUUUACAAAUAUAUUGAAUAUCUGUCAAGAUUACUAUUUUGUUAUUGCUCUUUGUGAAUUUCCUUGUCUAUUUUGCUUGCUUGUAUUUUGAGAUAAAAUUUAUUUUAUU